GUGCAAGCCGUGAGUAACUUGACAUGUGUAUGUAUUACUGUGGGACACUUUUAUUCUGUCUGUAACAUAAUUAUGUAUGUACUUUCAGAUAGUUGAUACAGAUAUGAAAAUAUUGAAUAUCAAUGCAAGGUGGCCAAGAGCAAGAAACGAUGCAUACAUUUGGAGCACUUCUCCAAUCCGUCGAGCUAUGCAAUUUCAUUACGACAGAGGCGAGCGUCGAACUUGGUUAAUUGGUGAUGCUGGAUAUCCGUUGGAACCGUGGCUCAUGACGCCCUUGCCACAUUACCCUGAAGGAACUCGGCAAUUCGAAUACACGAGGGACUUGUGUAAAGCAAGAAAUGUAGUCGAGCGAUUUUUCGGUUGUUUCAAGGGUAUGUGGAGAUAUUUAUCGUAUCAACGCGUAUUGAUGUACGAUCCGACGUUUGCUGGACAUAUCGUGAAUGCUUGUGCUGUAUUGCAUAAUAUGCGACUUUAUCAUCGCCUUCCUGCAGCCGACUACUAUGAUGCCGUUGAUGAUGGUGUCAAUAAUAAUAAUGUACAAAUACGAGACAAUGAUCAAGGUGAUGAAAAUAUUAGACAAGGCCCUCGUGCCCUAGCGCAGCGCAUUCAGAGUCAAUUAAUGCGCGAACGAUAUGAACACCUUCCCGACGGUAAUGCGAAUGCCAACUAAAUGUACGAAAUAACAAAAUCAAGUGAUGUUAAUUUUUGAUCAUUUUAUUUAGCCGAUAAUAUUAUCACAUAAUUGUACACAUAUUUUAUUGUCUAAAUUAUAUAAACUUUUGUAACUUUUAAUAAACAUUAUAGUAUUAAACAUUA